AUGGAAGGAUCAAAACCGCAGGAAAGUGAAGUGAGAAUCGAACACUCUCUCAAUAAGAACGAGAAGGAGUUUGUAGCCAGAAGGAGAAAUGAUGUUCAGCAAAGCCUGAAGAAACUUAAGAUACCCUGCAGUGAGAACAAAGUGCCAAACAUUGCAUUACUGGGAUCUGGAGGAGGACAAAGAGCCAUGGUGGGUUUGCUGGGAUCCCUGGAUCAACUCCAGAAAACAGGUCUUCUGGACUGUGUGCUUUAUCUGAGCGGAGUCUCUGGAUCCACCUGGUGCAUGGCCUCCUUAUAUCAGGAGUCAGACUGGUCCACCAAACUAGAGACUGUGAAAGACAAGAUCAUCCAGAGACUCAGCGGUCCUGCAGUCAGCUGGGGAGAUGCUUUUGCCAAACUGAAGAAAGAUUAUACAGACCCAAGAAAAGACACAAAUCUAUUCAGCUUGACUGAUGUCUGGGCAGCGAUGGUCGUCACGGAUUAUGUGAAAGAGAUAGACGAACACACACUCUCAGAUCAGCGAGACCGACACAAAGACCCGUUUCCCAUUUACACAGUGAUCGACAAGCAAUGCAAACAGAGCAAACAGAGCAAAGAUGGAGACCCCUGGUUUGAGUUCACUCCAUAUGAAGCAGGUUAUUCCCUCACUGGAGCGUUUGUGGAAACAUCCAACUUUGGCAGCAAGUUUGAAAAUGGCCGUAAGAUCAAGGACAAGAACCAGCCUGAGAUUGACAUGCUGUACCUGCAAGCUCUGUGUGGCAGCGCUUUAGCUGAUGGAGAAGAGAUCCGUAAAUUCCUCUGGCAAAAAAUAGGAGAAGAUCCAGACUCCCCUUCCAUAGACGAAUGUUACCAGGUGCUCAUGAAUCUCGUGGACAUGAAUCUCUUGGUUUUGGAUGGCAAAGAUCCGUCUGAUCUUGAAGAAUCCAUCAGAACAGAGAUGAGCGAGAUCUUUGGAGGCAAACAUGAGGUGAUGAUGUUUGAAAGAGAGCUUUUGAAAACCGCUAAAACAGAUAAUGCAAAACAGUAUAUCGAACAAUUAACUGUGGAUGUGUGCAAUCAAUUGAGUCGUUGGUUCAGUUUCUGGCAGCUUGCCAAGAUUAAUGCAUGA